GCAAGUAGAAAAGUAAGUAGAAAACAGAUUACCUCUGGCGGCCUACAAUAUCCGAUGCCCAUGGACUUUCUCAUUGUAGCUCACGCCUGCGUUCCUGCCUCUAGUAUAUUGGAUGUAGUGUUUCCUACACCUGCAGGGCGAAGCAUAACAAUUGCGUUAUGCAAACUUUCUCAUUGUAGUUUACGCCUUCCAUUCUCUAAACAGAAAGCAUUGCAUCAAGCCAGUAUCUUCGUAUCAUUCUUGCAUGUCUUUGACUUUUUGCAUUUUUAUUUUGCGGAGCUAUUAAUAAUUUCAUUAAUUUUAUUUUGUAUAAGGAUGGAUUUCGAAAAUCCAAUUGUAAAUUACUUUCGGUUGAAUGAUUAUACCAAAUGGAGUGUAUUUGAAGUCCUGCGCUACAUAUCAAAUAGCAUUAACUUUACAAGUGAAAAUGUGAAUGAUAUUAGUGAAUCCUUAAAAAGACAAUUAGAAAUUUUAUCCUCGCACAAAAGUCUUCGCGUGGCAGCAAGAAACAAAGCCACCAAACUUCUUGAAAACCUGCGGGAAACUUUAGCAAAUCGAAGAGAGAUUUUGAAUUUCAUUGAAAGUCAAGAUCUAAAAUUCGCUGAGAAUCGAUAUAAAUUAAAUGUUGAGUUAAGCGUCGUUACUGAUAAAACAGCCAUGACAGGAAAGACCACUGAAAAAUUUGCAAGAUCUUUGAACGACAAUCAUGACAUUAGGGGCUCUGGAAAUCAAGAUUCCAGUACAGAAACACAGACGUCAAAUGGGCCGUAG